GAGCAGCUACAAGAAACAGCUGUCGUCGCGUCGCCGAUCGUGGGGCGAUGUCGGUGCUACUCACCGAUCAGAAUCGCGCCUUUACGAGAGAGCUUUAAUCACUGCAUAAAACUGCUUGUGCGCUAUGACAAAAACAGCGCAUUCGAUGAUUAUUUGCUAGUGAAUACUUUAUCGAUCAAGAUUAAAGAUAUGUUUUUUGUUAUUGCAAAGAGACUUGAUGAGUGCACAAAAGCAUAAGGAAUGGUAUUCUAUUCGAUUCAGCUGGAUGUCAGAUAAGCUGAAAAAUGUCUGGUGAUGCAGGAUGGAACGCCGUUAUUCAUCAUCCUUCCGACCUAGAAUUGCAGAAUUGGAAUUGGGAAGAAAACGAUGGGGAGCAAGAGAAAGAACUUCCUUCAACCGUUGACAUGGAUGCCAUAAAAGGCGGCGGUAGUUGGGAUCCUGCUACUGAACCUAAUGGAACAGAUUCGGUCGAUUCCGAAGAAGACUCCGAUUCCGACGACGAAAGCUCUGGUGGAAGCGAAGGUAGUUGCUCCUAUUCGGAUUCUAAUUCAGAAUCAGACGACGAAAGUAGCGGCGACGAAGAAGAGGAAAGUGGAUCUAAUUCAGAUUGUUCGUCUGAACAUAGUGAACAAACGUUUUCCAUUCAAGAAACCAAUUUUGAGCCGGUAACUUGCCGUGCGUUGCAGGGAGCAUUGAAAUUGAAAAUCACCAUGAAAGGUCCAAAGAAGGAAGAUUCUGAAAAAAUUAAAUGUGACAAAAGUAAAAAAACUGUUUCCAAAAAACUCAAGACCAAUCAUGGAAAUAAGUCCUCAGAAUGUAGUAGCGAAGAUUCAGACUCGUCUGUUGUGGGCCAUGCGGCAUCGCAAAAAGUACAGCAACAACAGUCCCAGCAGCAUCAACAUCACCAUCAUGCGCCACUGCAAGAAAUCAAUCAGGAAGAUUUAGCAACUGUCUUACCCUCGCAAGUACAAGAGGACGCACCAUUUGACGGAUUUGAGGAUUCGGAGAGCGGUCGGCUGGUGUCAAAAGCGAUCGAGCGUAUGUCACUCGGCGCAGAUUCGGACACGAGUGAAAACGGCGAUCAGAAUCCCGUACCUGUGUACAGUUCCACUUUGUUGCAGCAGUUCGUCGAAAAAACUGCUAUGUUGUCGGAACCACGAAAAAGGCGUAGCAAAUGCGCCAAAAAGUUGAACAACGACAACGAAUAUCCAUGCGUAUCAAAUGUGUCACCCGAUUCUGGCAUUCAGUCCGUGGACAAUAGUCCGUUACACUUGGCGAUCAGUCCUGUCAGUCCUCCAGCGCCGACCCAAUCUCCGACCCAACCGCCGAUUUCCACUAAACCAGCGGUAAAUGUCGAUCGGGUUCUUUAUCCUCCGAAAAGAAAACCCGGCAGACCAGCGAAAACAAUGUCUACUCAGCCACGCGGACCAGGCAGGCCGCGUUUAAAGCCGGAAAUUGUCGAGAAGAUCCAAAAGAUCGAGAAGGCAGAAAAGGAAAGAAAUGAAUCUUUAAAAAGUCUAAAGAAUCCUGAUUCUCGGUUAACGGAGAAAAAGGCAACUGUAAAGGAAUCGUCUAUAAAGAGCGCUAAGGAAGACACAGCGUUAGUUAGGAAACGUGGUAAUGCAAAAUCCGUUGCAUCGAGGGAAGUGAAAGAGGAUGCAACUCCUGCGAGUAAAAGAAUAAAAGGUAAAACGACAGCGUAUCAAAAGAAACGUUACGGUAACUCGGUGAAAUCUUCGCAGGAGAAGACUGUUGUCAAAAAGACCGCAGGAACAAGUUCCCCGAUGCGAGUAAAGUGCCUAAGUAGAUCAACCGCGAACAAACUCGCGCCACAGUGUGACAGUAGAACCGGUCGGAAGGUCAGGCAAGAUAAAACAUGCGCGCCUAAUAAGACCCCAUUGACACGACAGAAGCAAAUGUCCUGCGAGCAUCAGCUUACUAACGAUCAAAAGAUGCUAAACACUAGUAAAAGAACAGGUUCGAAGGAGAAUAGGAAUAACGCAACCGCCGUCGUAUCCAGAAAGCUAGCGAAAAAGGUCUCUGCGCCUCCUACCACUAGACGUGUUCUGAAGGAGAACAAGUGCAACAAAAAAACUACUGCGGCGGGCUUUGAAACCAAUGGCGUAGGUGUGCAAACGUUAAUAUCGUUGCCAGUUGGAAACGUGUUGAAGGCAGAAAAUGUGGAGCGAGCUUCCAACAAGUACCACAAACCGAUGCAGCCAAUACAGCACAAUUAUUGUCACAAGCAUCAUCAUCACAAACAUCGUCGGAGACUACUCGCACCACCGAAAACUCCCAUACGCAUCGAUCCGUAUAUCAUUCAGGAGCUGGAGAAAUUAAUCGAGGAAUUUACAAAGUUGUGCAGUCUGGGCAAAAACAAUAAUAACAACAACAACAAUGGCAGUAGCGUUGUCAAUCAUUCCGAGUUACCACAAAUCUUUCGCGUGAAAAAAGUUACGAAGAAGAGAAAAGGCGGCGAUAUUAGUGCAAAUGACGAUCAAAAACUGAAGCGACGCUUGAAAAAAGAAAAGGUAUUGACGAGCGCCGAUUCUAAGAGCAGUGCAAACACUAGCACGAGUUCCAAUCCGAACGAGCAGCGGUUACCAUUGAAGAAACGCCAUUAUCAUGUGUCGAGUCCGCACAGUUCGCAAAGCUCGAAUGCAAGCUGCACGGAUGCGAAUGCGAAUGAGUCCAAUUCCACGGAAAGUCACAUAGAGGAAGCGAUCGAAGCUACUAUUACGAGAUACGGUGGUGGCAACUCGACAUUCUCCAUUCACGACGAAGAGGCUAUGCCAGUGACGCCGAAAAAAAGGCCAAGAGAUACCGAAAACACGGCAUCCGAGAAACAGGGUAGCGAUGAAGAUAAACCCAUCAGCCAGAUAGAGAUUCAACCACGACGAAAGAAAAAGAUUAUAAAGGAUCUUCGUGUCACUGUUACGAAAUUACCAGCCGAAAGUCACGGUCUUCUCGACAAGGACAAGUCCGCGGAUAAGAGUUCCAAGAUCAGCGCAGAGAAAUCUAGUAAAUCGGAAAAGACAAUGAUGUCGGAAAAGUCAACCAAGACCGAUAAAACGCAAUCAAACGACAAAAUAGAUAUUGAACAUGUUCGUAUAGAAAAGAACAUAAAGGUCGACUCGGAGACGCACGUAUCUGAGAUAUUCGAGGACGGUGAACCUGUGUCCGAUAGCAAAAUAGCUCAGAUCGGUAAUUUGAAUGUGCCAAAUCUUGCGAAUAAUACCGCGGCGAUGAUACUCACAAAGAAAAAGAUACGAAGACGGAAAACCAUCAAUCGCACGGGCUUUCCUACGUUGAAGAAAAAGAAGAAGAAGCAACUUGUAGAUUCUCCCAAAGUGGUCAAGUCAACAGUGAUUAACGCUAACGGAGUAUGUAAGGAUCAGGAUAUAGUCGAACAUACGGAGGAUAAUAAGACGUCUUUGACAGAGAGUAAAGCUCAGAAUGUUAUAGAGAAUAGUAACGGCACAAGACAAGCUAAGGAUGACAUGAAAAAUUUGGAAAACUCUAGCACGGUGCAAGAGACAUUCAGUCGAAAUGGUUCGGAUGAAGUACUCGAGUCCUGUCCCGGUCAAUUACGAGUUCGUAAGGAUCUCGUAGAAUCCGACAGCAGCGUACUGUCCGAGAAGCAAUAUCCGAGUCCGGUAAAAUACGAGAAGAUACCAGACUAUCGAAUCUACGAUGAAAAUGCGCCGCUGGAAGAAACUCUCGAACGUUACAAUCAGAACCAACGUAUCGCGGAGUUAAACGAGGAAAACUUGCGGAAACUGGAACGCGCGAACGCUCAGGUAGCAAAUGUCAAAAUGGAAUUAUCUGGUUGUUUUAACAAUAAUCACAAAAGAAGAAGAGGCUCGACCAGUCCUUCCAAUUUGUACGGAAGAAGCACAAAGAGAUUACGGAGCGCGGGCUAUGACACGGAGAGUGAGGCACCGCCUAGUAGCGAUGUGGCCAGCGAGGAUCAAGAGAUUAGCAGGAAAUCCGCAGGUCCUGUUCGUAAUCGGAAAAAACAGCAAAAAUGGAAGAAGCUAUAUUUACAGGCCAGCAACAUAUUUUCAGAGUAUAAGAAGGACCUUGAAUCUAAAAAACUCACCAAUGUUGAUGCCAAACGAAAACUUAUUGUUUGCACCAAUUCAGAUGAACAUCCUUCAGAGCAAUUACCAAAUAUUAUACCGACUGGAAAACUCUUGCGACAAAGGAAAACGCCAUUUCAACUACAAUAUGAUUUAUUGUGGCUGCACGCUCAAUCGAGAUUGUCUGGUCGAGAUUUGGUGCCAUCGUGGAAUUAUAAAAAAAUUCGAACAAACAUUUAUUAUGACGUUAAACCAACUACUCUCUACGAGGCGCAAGCUUGUGAAUGUAAACAAGAAAGCGGCUGCGGAGACGAUUGUAUUAAUCGCAUGGUAUUCAGCGAGUGCUCGCCACAGUUGUGCCCCUGUGGUGACAAGUGCGAGAAUCAAAAGAUUCAAAAACAUGAGUGGUCACCAGGACUACAAAGAUUCAUGACGGAGGAUAAAGGAUGGGGAGUAAGGACGCAACAAGCUAUUAAAGCUGGGGACUUUAUUCUCGAGUACGUGGGUGAAGUUGUGUCAGAGAGGGAAUUUAAAUCGAGGAUGGCGACCAGAUACGCCAACGAUACGCAUCACUACUGUUUGCACCUGGACGGUGGGCUAGUAAUCGAUGGUCAUCGCAUGGGAGGUGACGGAAGGUUCGUAAAUCAUUCGUGCGAGCCCAAUUGCGAGAUGCAGAAAUGGAGUGUUCUCGGUCUACCACGUAUGGCACUAUUCGCAUCGAGAGAUAUAAAACCAGGAGAAGAAUUAACAUACGAUUACAAUUUCGCGCUUUUUAAUCCAUCGGAAGGACAACAAUGUAGAUGUGGUAGUAAUGCCUGUAGAGGUGUUAUAGGUGGGAAGAGUCAAAGAGUAGCUCGAAGUGUUCCCUCUCUACCUUCGCAAAUGGAGCCUAUCGAAAGGCGAUCGGUGGGCAGGCCACGGAAAAACAUUCGUAAAUCGAACGCAGUGCAAUCGGCCAACUCCAAGAACAUCUGCAAGUCUCGCAAAGUAGGAGAUCCAAUCUUAAUGCAUAAUACACCGCAGUUGAAACCGAUGUCUUAUCAACAGCGAUGCUUUGCGCGCGAGCAUCAUUGUUUCUUAUUGAGGAAUCUAGAAAAAGUUCGACGACUCAAAUCGGCGUCAGUACAGCAAGUUCAAAUACAGAACGGAAAAGCGAAAUCCAGUAAUACAGUCGUGGCGAAGGAAAAGAGUUCGGGAGACUCUAAAGCGCAAUCCGAUGCAUUUUUCUCUCAAUUAACUGCGCUGACCAACACCAACGCGCGUACUGUACGAACGCGUAGACUUGCACAAGCGCAGGAUGAUCCGGAGGUACAUAAGACUGCAAAACUAGCUACGGUAUUAAAGAAUUUGUAUACAAUUGUUACAACAGCGAAUGAUGAAAAUGGUCAGCUAUUGUGCAUUCCUUUCAUGACUUUACCUUCUAAAAGGAAAUUAUCCGAUUAUUAUGAGAAGAUUGUAGAACCGAUCGAUCUGAUUACGAUAGAUCAGUGUAUUGGUACAGGUCAUUACAAGACUGCGGAACAUUUUGAUCAGGAUAUGAUAAAACUUUUCGACAACAAUGUUAGAUUCUUUGGCAGAACAUCCGAGAUAGGCAUUGCUGCAGCAAGAUUGCGAAAAUUGUACUUGGGAAGUAAACCAGAUUUUGUGGAUGCUAUAACAGAAGCAACAGGUUCUCCUCCAUCUCAAGGCUUUUUGCCACCACGUGGAUCCACGGCUGGAGAAGAGGAUGUGAUUAGAUGCAUUUGCGGAUUACAUAGAGAUGAAGGUUUGAUGAUCCAGUGUGAACGCUGCCUUGUGUGGCAACAUUGCGACUGUGUUAAAGCAGAUACGAGCGUUGAAUCUUAUCUGUGCGAAAGAUGUCAACCUCGUGAAGUUGAUUUAGAAAUUCCAUUAGAAGGUGAGGAGGAGGAAGAAGACAAGAAACAUUAUGUGACAUUGAUGCGGGGUGAUCUACAAUUACGACAAGGUGACACAGUAUACGUUUUAAGGGAUACUCCUGACAAACACACAUAUAAAACUAUACAGAAGCCAGAUUACGAGCAAAUGGACAUUUUUAGAAUCGAACGUUUAUGGAAGAAUCACGAAGGUGAGAGAUUUGUAUUUGGACAUCAUUAUCUCAGACCUCACGAAACAUAUCACGAGCCAACACGAAAAUUCUAUGUAAACGAAGUUGUCUGCGCUCCAUUAUACGAAGCGGUACCUUGUGAUCUCGUAGCCGAACGAUGUUGGGUAUUGGAUCCUCAUACUUUCUGUAAAGGACGUCCUGUCGGCUCUACUUCUGAACAUACUUAUGUAUGCGAAUAUCGUGUUGAUCGCGCAGCACGACUUUUUACGAAGGUGGCUAGAACUAGGCAUACAGUAUGCACGAAACCUUACGCAUUUGAAACCUUUCCACAGCGUAUAAAACACUAUCGUACCUAUUUGCCUCACAGUCUCGAUGGAAUCAAGAUGUUUAAAGACAAGAAAAAGAAUAACAAUCAGGAAAUAGAUGGAAAUCAAAAGUUAGAAUCCAAUGAUAGUACAAAGACGCAUAACAAAGAACAUAAAUGUAAUAAGACUAGGCGAAAGUCGGGCGAGAUCUUAACAGUUGCAUCGCCUGCGACAUCAUACGCUCAACUAGAGGAACAGAGGAAAAAAUUGAAUCGCAUUCUACUGAAUUUAUUACAGAGAAUGCCAAAUAAAAAAGAUCCGUUAGAUCUGUCGUUUCUUUUAGAAAGGAACAGACGAAACCGGAAAAGGCCCGGCGGACUUAAUCCGUGAUAGUGGGUAAUAUCACAACGAUAAUAUCAUGUGUAUAUAUAUACAUAUAUAUAUAAAUAUAAAUAUAGGCUAAUUUAGAGUCACUGCUAAUUUCAGUCUUAGUCAGAUUAAUAGAUUAGUUGAUUCUAAUCGCGUUCUAAACAUGAUUCUGCUACGUGAAUCGGGAUAAUUGUACAUCUAUCCUUUCCUCUUCCCUCUCCUCACCCUCUAUUAAUGUAGAAGGUGCACAAAAAAAGUUUUUCCUCUUCAUACAACCCGUCCAUUGGUGUAAUUUGUAUCUAUAUAUAGUAAUCCAAAUAAUAUUUAACAUAGACAAAAUUGUCA